UUACUAUCAGUAAGCCUAUUGAAAAAACUACAAAAAUGAAUGAAACAACAAGUCUAACUCAUCAGAGAAGUACAGACAGCACAGGAUCAGCCAGAACACAGAGUGAAGGACAAGCCGAAACGGUAGAUACUCGAACCGCAAAAAGCCAUCCGAAGGACGAGGAUGUAGAAAUGACAUUAGAAACGGAAUUUUCUACGAAAGGGACAGAACAUAGGACUUCUGAUAGCGUAUCUCAUCAAGAUCCUGUAAACGAUCAUAUAGCAGAUAAAAAAUAUCCUAGACAACCUUUAACUGCACAAGAGAGUACACAAAAAUACCAGGGGUGUGUUUCGGAGAAUCAGGGGAGUGUCGAGCUACUCGAGUUUAGCCUUUCUAGGGACGAUGUUACUCUGUCAGACACGGACACUGUAGGGAAGAAUUUGUCACAUUCUGCAGCGACAUUAGCAUCGCAAGAUAACAAUGAAAAUAACGCUUCACCAGCGCUUCUUUCGAACACGUUUAACGAACCUGAAGAUCCUUUAUCUAUAGCCCCAUCAGAAAUCCUCAAUUCGCCAGAAUUGACUGAAGUUAAUGUAAAUCAAUUACUAGAAAGCCAAGACUACACCCCAGAGUUAGGUAAUGACUGUAAUACCACACAAGUUCUGCACCCAGAAUACCCCAAUUACGCCAGUCAUCCAGAGAUCUCCUCACUUGAACCUGUGCAAGAAACGCACGCGGCUUCUCUGGCUGGCAGCCUGACACCAAGAUCAAGUGUAGAAAGACGUCCAUCACCCACGGAUACACUAUUAAGGAGGGCUAAGAUCCAAAGACUGGACACUGAUUCGCUAUAAAACAGCAUUAAGACUUUGUUACGUCUAUCAUGAAUAAAAAUUCAAU